UGUUAAUUUUUUUUUUCACUUUGUAUGUGUAGGUUAAGUAAGCAUUAAUCAUGGCAAGGGAGCAAUGGCCACUAGAUCCAUGCCCAUCUGGAUAUAUAGGCACCCGUCCUAGAGGUGCUAGAGAUGGGGCAUGGAGGUAUGCCUAUGAGAGACCCGAUCCUGGGUCAGUUAUAUGCAUAAAGUGUGAGAAAAUACUUCAUGGAGGCAUCAACCGCCUCAAAUACCACCUUGCAGGAAUAGAUAGGCAUGAUGCUAGAGCAUGCCCUAGGACCAAUGAAGAAAUAAAAGACAAUGAAUGCCCUACUUGCAGCUAGGGAAGAGAAGAAAUUGCAAAGGGAGAGAGCAAAGCUAGCCAUGAGAUCAACCAUAGCUAAAUCUCAAGGUGUUUCUGUUGACCUUGAAGAGGAACAAGAAGCACUUGAGGGCAUAGUGGGCUCUCGGCGUGGCUAACGUAUCUGCAAACUCACCAUCACCUCGCCCAUUGCUUCUGCUUCCUCUAGUAGAGUACCUGGCACUGUUCCACUUCCAUCACCACGAUCAGGGUCCAUAGGUGAUUAUUUUGUGCCCGGGAACACACCUGGAGCACAACCAUCAUUAGAGGCCACUGGAUGGAAUAAGGAGGUACAUGAGAAAACUGACAUUGCAGUAGCUGAUUUUUGGUACUUCAACAACAUUGCAUUCAAUGUGGCGAAGAAUGCUUAUUGGCUGAAUUUGGUGACUGCUAUGACAGUUUCAGGAAAGGCGUACAAUGCCCCUUCUCCCAGGGAUUUGAGUGGGAGGUUGCUCACAAAUGCAGUUGCUAGGGCAAGAGAAGUGAUGGAGGAUCAAAAAAUUCAAUGGGCAAAUUAUGGCUGCACCAUUGUUUCUAAUGGGUGGACAGAUGGCAAGAACCACACCAUCAUCAAUUUUUUGGUUGCUUGCAAGGAGAAUGUAGUGUUCUUGAAAUCUGUUGAUGCCUCCAGCAAGGUGAAAAAUGCAGAAACAUUGGCUGGAAUGUUGGAGCAUGUCGUCAUGAAGGUGGGGGUAGAGAAUGUGGUGCAAAUCAUCACAGAUAAUGCAACAGCAUAUGUGUCAGCAGGAAGAAUCCUCCAAGAGAGGCACCCCACUCUUUUUUGGACACCUUGUGCAACACAUGUCCUUGACCUUCUUUUGGACGACAUAGGAAAACUUGAGUGGGUGACUCCAGUUGUGGAAGAUGCAAGGAGGAUCACCAAAUAUAUAUACAAUCACCCUUGGGUCCUAAAUUUGAUGAGAUAGCACACCCAAGGGAAAGAUUUGGUGAGAGCUGGUGUCACAAGGUUUGCAACGAUUUUCUUGAAGUUGCAAAGCUUUCUUGUUGCAUUGACUUCUUUGAAACAAAUGUUUGUGAGUGGAGAAUGGCUUAACUCACCUUAUUCAAAGAAGCCUGAAGGAAAGGCUGUCGCAUGCAUAGUCUUCGACAACCAAUUUGCACAAAGGGUUGCAGAGAUUGUGAAGGUGUCAGAGCCCUUCGUUCGAGUUCUUCGCUUGGUGGAUGGGGAUAAAACCCCAAUGGGAUAUCUUUAUGAGGCCAUGGAUAGGGCCAAGGAGUCUAUCAAAAAUUACUACAACGAGGAUAGGCUCAAAUUUGAUCCCAUUUGGGAAAUUGUUGAUAGGAGGUGGAACAAUCAGCUCCACCAACCCAUUCAUCCAGCAGGGUACUUCCUCAACCCUUGUUUUAGGUUUGGGGGUUCUUACUCAGAUUCGAAUGGAGAAGUCAUGGAGGGCCUCAGUACAUACAUUGAGAGGAUGGUACCUGAUGUUGAGGAGAGAGACCUCAUUGUGACUGAGCUCCAAAAUUAUGAGGGAGGAAGGGGUAAGCUAUUCUCUUCAGAGCUGGCUAGGAGAGGAAGAACCACUCAAA